AAAUUUAAGUUGCAUCAAUGGAGGGUUCAUCAAUAAGUUGGUUUACAGAACUGGGAGAAGUUGAUGAUUAUUACGAUUUUGUUGAUGGCUUCAUUGCUCAAAAUUCAGUCACAACACAAGAAGAGGUUCAGAAACGAUCGUCGCAGUCGUCUCCAGAAAGCUAUACUUCUGAUUACUCCAUUUUCGCCCCAAAAGAUAAUGGAAAUAAUGUCUCCGGCACCACCAUUUGUUUCGGCGGCGGCGGCGGCGGCAGUGCAUUGCCGGAAAGUUUGGAUUUUCAGGCUGACGGCGGCUUUGAACGACAACCUGUGAAACGGCUCAAGGUUGAUGACAAUAAGAAAAGUUGCAGUUUUCAUGUCCUUUCGGGGAGUACUAAGGGCGGCGAUGAUGUCAGACGUUGUUCGGUUGCUCGUGAGCACGUUCUUGCAGAGAGAAAGCGCCGGGAAAAUCUCACCCAGAAGUUCAUUGCUCUUUCCGCCAUUCUUCCCGGACUUAAAAAGGUGGAUAAGGCGUCGGUUCUUGAAGAAGCGAUAAAGCACCUGAAGGAGCUUAAAGAAAGGGUGAAACAGCUGGAGGAACAAGGGAAUAAGACAAGGUCCGAGGAACCUGCGGUGGUCGGUCGUAGCUCCGACGAGGCAUCGCCGGAAAUUGAAGUUCGAUUCUCCGGCGACAAUGUUCUGAUCAGACUGCACUGCAGCAAGAAUAAGCGCGGGAAAUCAUCCUUGUCUUUCUUCCUGAGAGAAGUAGAGAUGCUUCAUCUCAGUGUUGUGAACAGUUUCAUGACGCCUUUCGGAAAACACGCCAUGGAUUUUACCUUGGUUGCCCAGAUGGAUGAGAAUUUCUGCAUGAAACCGAAGGAUGUGGUGAAGCAUCUGCAGUGCAUUACUCGUAGCUAG